ACAGUCUUUUUAAGUUUAAGGCUCUAUUACGAUACAAGACGCAUAACAAAACAAGUGAAUUCUUCUCUAUCCCUUCAAUGUCUUUGACGGUUCUGAGAAGAAGUUGUCUCCGUUUUCCGGAUUUCACCUCCCGAUUUCGACUAGCAUCACAUUGUUUGUCCUCGAGGUUUUCCAGCAGUGAAACUGGAAAAGAUACAGUUGGUUCGACCGGUUUUGCUAUAGAGACUGUUGAUGAUGACGCAUGGAGUGUCUCAUCAUCUAUAUCCCAAGCCUGGAGAGAAUUCCAACAAGACACUGCAAAAGAUUCUUCCUUUACGAGGCAAGGAGGAGAAACAAUCGAUCCUGAUCUUGAUAAUGAUGAGAUCGAUAACAUGAGAAUUCGCGGUGAUCUUUUCUACAAGCUUGAUCGAGGGUCAAAAGAGUUCGAGGAAUACAACUACGAUUUCCACCGCAAGAACAAUCACCAGAGGCAAAAGCAGAACCAAGAAGAGACAAAGACGAAGAACAAGAAAGAAACAGCAAAGAGUGAUAAACAAGUCCGUGAGGAAUACAAGAAGAGAGACGAGCCAAAGAUUAACGCUUUCACUGGUGAAUUGGAUAAUCUUGAUGCAGCUGUGAAGAAGAGAGAAAGGACGCUUACGUUUAACCAGCUCACGGCUCCUUAUCACUACCCGUUUUGCUUAGACAUUUACAUCUCAAAGGCCUCGGUUCGAGCAUGUGUGAUUCAUAGGGUGACUAGUAAGGUUGUCUCUGUGGCUCAUUCCAUAUCAAAAGACAUGAAGUUCGAUCUCGGUUCGACUAGGAACGCAGUGGCUUGCGCUGCGGUUGGGACGGUUCUUGCUCAAAGAAGUUUGGAGGAUGAUAUACAUGACGUUAUAUACACUCCUAGGAAAGGAGAUAAAGUGGAAGGUAAGCUUCAGGUUGUGCUUCAAGCUAUCAUUGAUAAUGGUGUUAAUGUUAAAGUGAAGCUUAAGCAGAGGAAACUCAAGAAGAAGACGCCUAAUUACCUAACAAUGGCCUAGAGGCUAGAGGUUAAGUAUUUGCUAUUUUUCCAAGACAGAAGCAUGUUGCUUUUCUUUAAAAAAUUCAUUUAGA